AAGUAUAGCUGCAUUUCGCCUCAAAAGUUGAAAAAUCGCGAGGCAGCUGCACAUACGAACACAUUGCGACCCUGCUCACUCGCCCGCCUGCUUGCUACUUGUGGCUGCUAGGCCGGAAUUGAUUUCGCGAGUAGCUACGUAGCACUCGCUUGCACUCCGCGCGGGGGUUACGAUGGCGGUCGCAUGAAGUUGGGGGGUUCGCGUGAGCUGUCCAUCGUCGGGCGGGUUGGGUGAGAGGAGUGGGGGAGGACGUCGCAGCCCACACCGAGCAGUGUGGGCUCCUCGCAUAUCCCUCACUCAGCGAAUCGCCGUUCAAUGCGCACAGCGUGCGACAAAUUAUUUAAGCCAGCGCGCCCCAUGUCACAUUGUUGUGCACAUUGCAAGUGACACGCUCGCACGCAUCGCCACGCAUCCCCUGCCUCGCGUUUCCAGCCCCUCUCGUUUCACACCGACGUCGCUAGGCCCUCGGCCCCGGCGCGCUUCCGUCGACUGAAUCUUUCUAUCCAACUGCGGACCUCUGCUCGCUAGGGCGCGCUGCCAAGAUGUAUCCAAACAACUGGGAUGACUACAUGUGGCUGGUGAUUGUGGGCGCGCUGGCAGCCUUCUUCAUGGCCUAUGGCAUUGGUGCCAAUGACGUCGCCAACUCUUUCGGAACCAGUGUCGGUGCCAAGACCCUCACUCUGGCUCAGGCCUGCUGCAUCGCCGCCAUUUUCGAGUUCGCUGGUGCAAUUGGCCUGGGCGGCGAGGUUGCAAAAACCAUUGCAGGCUCCAUCGCCCGCCCCGCGGCCUUCCAGAACAACCCCGAGCUGUUCGCGUACGGCAUGAUGUGCUCCCUCAUCGCCGCCGGCACCUGGGUGAUCAUCGCCACCUACUUCUGCCUGGCCGUGUCCACUACACAUGCCGUCGUUGGUGCCGUGAUGGGCUUCGCGCUGGUGUGGGGCGGCAAGGGCGCCGUUGUGUGGAACGACCAUAAGCCAGAGUUCCCCUACUCCAACGGCCUGGUGCCGGUCAUUUGCUCCUGGUUCGUGUCGCCCGUCACCGCUGGCAUUGCCUCGUCCAUCCUGUUCUUCCUGAACCGCAUCUUCGUGCUGCGCCGCGAGCGCAGCACGACCUUCGCCAUCUGGGUCUUCCCCGUCCUGGUGUACCUCACCGUCUUCAUUAACGUGUUCUUUGUCAUCUACAAGGGAGCGAAGAGCGUUGCCAAGUGGAGCCCGAACAAGUCGGCUUGGGUGGCGGCGGUGGUGGCUGCCGGCGCAUUUGCUCUGGCCGUGAUCCCGGGCACCUGGCUGCUGCGCCGCAAGGUCGCCCGCGACAUGGAGGAGGCCGCGCAGAAGGCCGCGGACGCGGAGGCCAACACCGGCAAGCCCAAGACCAGCGACGACGGCGCCGAGGCCGCCGAGGACGGCAACGCCUCCAAGGCCAUGCAAAUGUUCAACUCGCUGAAACGCGCCGCCACCCACGGCCUGCGUCAGGAUAUCCACGAGAAAGUGGAGUCCGACCGCGACUUCCACGACCUGCACGCUGCUGCUGAGGUGUUCUCGCCCGAGACUGAGCAGGUCUACAAGUACCUGCAGGUGUUCUCCGCGUGCGCCGUGUCGUUCGCGCACGGUUCCAACGACGUCGCCAACGCCAUCGGCCCCUUUUCCGGCAUCUGGCACGUGUACAAGUUCUGGAAUGUGUCCUCUAACGGCGAGACCCCCGUCUGGGUUCUGGCGCUGGGCGGUGCCGGUAUUGUGGUCGGCCUGGCCACCUACGGCUACAACAUCAUCCAGACUCUGGGUGUGGGCCUUGCUAAGAUGACUCCCGCCCGUGGCUACUGCGCUGAGCUGGCCGCCGGCAUCACCAUCUCUAUCGCCUCCGUGUACGGCCUGCCCGUGUCCACCACCCAGAUCAUCACCGGCGGCGAGCUGGGCGUGGGCCUGGUGGAGAACAUCCGCACCGGCGUCAACUGGAAGCUGCUGGCCAAGCAACUUCUGGGCUGGGUGUUCACCCUCAUCGUGGCCGGCUUCCUGUGCGCCGCUCUGUUCGCAUACGGCGCCUACGCGCCCUCGCUCACCAUGGCCAAGGACAUUGCGGUGUACCAGAACACGAUGCGCGCCGCCGCCACCAACCUGAACAAGCUGAUGAACGUCAGCAACUACGCCGUGGGCGCCACCUUCCCCACCGCCUUCGACAAGGGCCUCAACUCCUCCAUCAACAGCAACCUCAAGACGUUGACCAACAUGUUUAACACCAAGACUAUCGGCUACGUUGACCCCUACCAGCUGGGCCAGCAGCUCAACACCUCCAUCGCCACCUACCUGAACCAGUCCGUGACCGUCACCGGCUUCAACCGCAGCAGCCGCGCCUACGUGCCCGCCGGCGCCGCCUACCCCGACACCACCAUCCAGGUGCAGCCCAACCAGUAAACAGUAACCACCCCGGCCCGUGGUGGUAUGGUUCGGGGCUUCGGUGAACCAACUGUGGCAGCCGCUGCUGGUCUGGUGGGCCUGACAAGCGGUUGCAUCAGUUGCAUGCUAUCAAUUUGAUGGAUUGCGUGUCAUCAGUGAUCGACUGGGUUGGGUAGUGGGUUUACAUGGACAAGCCCCGCUCCCGCGAUGCUUGGCGAGCGCUGAACAGCAGGUGAUAGCAUGUGUAUAUCGAUUGAGGAGAGCAGAGGACCUAUUGCGCAGGGCUGCACUGGCCGGUACGGCGCCAGACCUACCUGAGGUGCGUGGCCUCUGUUGUUUUCUUCAGCAUUAGAGAUGCUUAAGGUAGCAGGGAUUGCCUGCUGUGACCGAGCGGAUGGAGCUAAUGCGGGUGCAGGUUGCCCCGCUGUCUGGCUGCCGUUGCAAAGACCGUGAAUGGUGGUGUGCUGUUGGGUAUGAACAACGUGCUGACCAUGUUGUCCUGCGUACAGUCUAUGACGGGUGUGCCACUCUUUGAGGGAGCUGUGUUUGUUGAGCGCGUGCUCUUUCAAGCGGAAUCGUGUGACUAGCCAUUACAAUUUAGGAUGCGUUGACUAUUGCACAUUUGGCAAUCCUUGCAUACAUGCGCCAUGACAAGAAGGGACAGUCCUGCCAAGCAAGGGUGCCCCGCACCCAGGUCCUUGUAUGCGGUACACUCCGUCCUAUCCCCUCGUUCCUGCAAUCCCUGCCAACAUUUCUAUCUACUACAACACAAACAAUGCCGCUGUAACAAUGCGUCUGC